UUGCAGGCAACCAGCCAAGCAAUGUUUGUUUACUGAACUGUCUACCCGACGUCAUUCAGUGAAGUGUUUGUGCAGUUUUGGGGGCCCAGGGCGCAGCGCCACGCAAUGUACUCACUCCUGCACGGCUUCUACCAGUACAUGGUGCAAAAGGACGAGUUUUGCGUGCUGAUCCUCGGCCUGGACAACGCAGGCAAGACGACCUAUCUGGAGGCGGCCAAGACCAAACUCACCAAGAACUACCAGGGCAUCAACCCGGGCAAAAUCACCACGACAGUGGGGCUGAACAUCGGGCGGAUCGACGUUGGUGGCGUGCAGCUGAACUUCUGGGACCUGGGGGGCCAGAGCGAGCUGCAGUCGCUCUGGGACAAGUACUAUGAGGAGUCGCACGCCGUCAUCUACAUAGUGGAUUCCUGGGACAGGGAACGUGUUGAUGAGUCCAAGGAGAUUUUCGACCGCAUGAUUGCCAACGACAACCUGCAGGGGGUGCCGCUGCUCGUGCUGGCCAACAAGCAGGACCUGCCCGAGUGCAUGGGGGUGCGCGAAGUCAAGCCCAUCUUCAACAAGAACGCCCACCUGGUGGGCAAGCGCGACUGCAUGGUGAUGCCCGUGUCGGCCCUCACUGGAGACGGCGUCGACGAAGGCAUCAAGUGGCUGGUGGACUGCAUCAAGCGGAACGCCUUUGCGCGGCCCCCCAGAAACAGCGAAGACCCGUAGCUGCGCAACCAGACAAUCAGGUGUUUUUGUGUAUUUAUGCCGCGCUAUCGGAAUUAUAAUUACUGAUAAGAA